AUGGAUGAGGGCCGCAGUUGCAAGGGGGCCCCCUUCAGUGUCACUGCCUUUGAGUGUAUUGCUCGCGCUGUUGAGAGUAGGUGGUUUGCCGUUUCUUGUUCUGCAUGGCCCCCAGCAGCAGCAGAGGCAGCAUCAACAGCAGCAGGAGCAGGAGUAGAGGCAGCAGCAGCAGCAGCAGCAGCAGUAGCAGCAGCAGCAGAAACUGCAGCAGUAACAGCAGCAGGGCCUAACCAGGCGCCUCAUAUUGGCAGCAGCAACAACUCUUUCUGUGCUGUCCCCAGCAGUGCCGCAGCGCUGCUGCAGCUCCAGCAGCAAACGUUUCAAGGAGCAAAGCCCACGCAUGCAGAGAACCGGGGUGCGGGCAUGGGGCUGCAGCAGCAGCAGCAGCAGCAGCAGCAGCAGAAUACAACGAAAGAUGAAGAGGCGAGGAGGCCGAGCAGUUCAGGCAGUGCCGCAGCGCUGCUGCAGCUCCAGCAGCAAACGUUUCAAGGAGCAAGGCCCACGCAUACAGAGAACCUGGGUGCGGGCAUGGGGCUGCAGCAGCAGCAGCAGCAGAAUACAACUAAAGAUGAAGAGGCGAGGAGGCCGAGCAAGCAGCCGGCAGAGCCCGUGCUGUACCCCUCCAGUGCUGUUGAGGGCUUGAAAGCAGGCAAGGAUUUCAGCUUGCUUCGGGGUGUAUGGGGAGGUUUAUUCUUUGAUCGUGUUUCUUUGUUUUCUCCCAGGGUUUUGGCGUUGCUGGGGGCCCCCCAAACCCUCAUUUCUUCUUUUUCUCUCGGCUGUGCAGCAGUGCUUGGGGCUUGGCUGCUGCAUGCAGCUGUAGUUGCCUUCAGAAACAAACUCAACCUAUCCGAUAGAGCCGCGCUACAACUCACCCUCGGCCUCGCUAGCCUGACGCUGUGUUUGGCGUUGGUUUGGAUGAAUCUCUUCCUGGGGUAUUACGCGGGAGACGGGCGAAGGCUGCCGCAUGCAGCCCCAAAACUGCAUGCAGCAGGGUUGCUGCAGGGGAAGGAGCAGCUGGAGGAUUCCUCUGCUGCUGCUACUGCUGCUGCUGCUGCUGCUGCUGCUGCUGCUGCUGUUGCAGCUGAUGAUCAGGCAUUGGGUAACCAGCAAGCGGGUGCUGCUGCGUGUUCUGCUACUACUGUUGCUGCUGCAACUACUUCCCUCGACACGCGGCAUGCAGCAGCUGGCAGGGAAUGCAACGGCCUUCAUGAGCUGCUGGGCGUUUGUGUCUUCAUCACAACUUUGCUUCUUACCGUCUCCGGCGCCGUCGCCUACUCUCUUGCAGACCUACCCCCAGGCUUGUGA